AUGCGUUUCUCCUUUGCUCCUCUCGCCGCCCUGCUCCUGGCGCCGCUGGCGCUCGCCGCGCCCGAGGUGACGCACAAGGUCUACUUCGACAUGACGCACGGCGGCCGCGACAUUGGGCGCAUCGUCAUGGGCCUCUACGGCGCCGUCGUGCCCAAGACCGUCGAGAACUUCCGCGUGCUGGCGACGGGCGACAAGGGCUUCGGCUACGAGGGCAGCAGCUUCCACCGCGUCAUCCAGAGCUUCAUGAUCCAGGGCGGUGACUUCACGUCGGGCGACGGCCGCGGCGGCAAGAGCAUCUACGGCGAGAAGUUUGCCGACGAGAACUUCUCGCUCAAGCACGAGGGCCCGGGCACGCUGAGCAUGGCCAACGCGGGCAAGGACACCAACGGCAGCCAGUUCUUCAUCUGCACUGUCAAGACCUCCUGGCUCGACGGCCGCCACGUCGUGUUCGGCCGCGUGCUGGAGGGCAUGGAUGUGGUGCAGUUCAUCGAGAAGGUGCCCAAGGGCUCGGGCGACCGGCCGCGCGAGGCCGUCACCAUCAAGAAGUCGGGCGAGCUGCCGGCGUCGGGCUCGGCGCCCAGUGCCGCGUCGGAUGCCGCCGCGCCGGAGGCUGCUGCUCAGGUGAAGGACGAGCUCUGA